AUGAACAGUGACGUCAGUGAAGACAGCCUCACCGCUACUUUCCGCUUUUGUUCUGCAGAAGGUGAUCUCAGCCCAAAUACUGUAAUAGGAGAUUUUCAUGAACAUUACUUUGUUUGCACUCUAACACCUUCACCUCAUGGUUUCACACUCCCUCCUUGUGACCCUCUACACAAUGGCUCACCUUAUCCCCGGAUAUUCCCUGUCCAGAAGGUGUGGUGUGUGGCUAAGCCUAGUGUUCCUGAAGAAACCCUGCAACAGGCUAUGGACUAUGCUUGUGGAGAGGGUGGUGCUGAUUGCAUGGAGAUUAUGACACAGGGAAACUGCUAUUAUCCUGACACUGUAAUUGCUCAUGCUUCCUAUGCCACCGCAACGGUGAUGGAGGAGAAGCUUAAGGAAGUAGGUGGAGUUUUGGAGUUUAAGGUUGAGGCAGGGAAAGCCAUUAACGAUGCAAGAGGUGGUUGCCGGCGACGGUGUGGCAGCGAUCUAAGUGGCACGGCGAAAACAGUACAAUGAAGAAGUUCUAGGGUUUGUGGAAGGAAGAAGGAAGAAG